AUGUCGCUACAGAGUGGAAACCUACACAAAGUCUCCGAGAUCCCAUUGUCCCAGAUCCACAGGCCUAUUGUCCCAGUGCUGGACUACCAGAAGAUCGAUGCGAUGGUGUCGACUAUGAAGGGUAAGCCCAUGGCCAGCAAGACGUGUUCCUUGGAAGGUGCCACUGAGCUCAACGGGCAGCUCCCACCCAUCGAUGUGAUGUGCGUGCGUGAGAAUGGCGAGAGCUAUUACUUUGCGUUCGGUGGGUGCCACAGGUUCCAAGCCUACGACCGCCUGGCUCAGGAACAGAAUGACCCACAUAUCCCAGUGAGGGCCAAGGUGUUGCCUGCCACAAGACACCAGUUGAAACUAUAUGUGGGUGAGUCGCUGGACACCAUGUUCGAGAAAGCGGACAUGCAAAGACAGCUCGAAGCCUGA